CUUGAAGUCGACAAAGGCUGAAGUUUGGUUCAGUCGUGUCAGCUCGUCGCUGGUGGCUGAAACCCGUUUGCAGAAAAACGUCUUUUGGGGAAAGCGGUUUGGGAUGGAGCUCCAGACGAGGAUUCCUGGCCUUCUGGUUCUGGCCUCUCUGUUUCCCCGGGCAGAGGCGCUGGAUCACUACGACCCUCGGCUGUGCUACGUCCUGGACGGCUUCCUCGGCCUGUACGGACUCAUCAUCACCGGCAUGUUCAUCAAGGAGAGGUUCUUCAAAAACAAAGCGAAGGCCAACGACGAGAACAUCUACAGCGAUCUGAAAGGUCAGGACACCGGAGGUUACGCCCCGCUGAUGAGAGGAGAUCCUGAGAGAGGAAGAAACCGCAGAAUGCUGGAUGACAAUGACACAUACACGGACUUGAACAAACGUACUGAUGGAGAAUAUAAGGAGCUUCCUGUUAAACGAGAGCGUCAGAGGAAGAACGAGCAGGUUUACCAGGGUCUGAGCUCGGCCACCAAAGACACCUACGACUCGCUCCAGAUGAAGCCGCUUCCUCCUCGCUAACGCCGGUGCAGAUGAUUGACCGCCAAAUAUUUUCCCACUUCCUGUCAGCCUCGACGAAAAAACACCAACAUCUGUUUUAGACAAAUGAUUCAUCCAUCCUUUAUUCAGCAGAUUCAUCAAACAUGACCAGAAAUGAGUAUUUUUAAUUCUUUUAGGUAAUUUUUAAGAAUUAGUUUGUUUCAUUUAGUCGAUUUAGUCGCCCAUCGUACCAUUUCUAAUGAUUUUAUUCAGGUACUUUGGUGGUAUUUUAAGGGGAUAAUGAAUGGAUUGUAAUUUAUUGCACAGGUGAUGAGAUACACCUGUUAAUCAACUCAGUUUAAAAAAUGUCACAUUUUAUAAAAUAACUUCUGUACAAAGCUUGAAUUAUGGCAGCAGUUAGUUCACCUGUUAUUAUUCUGACUCAUCGUGAAAGUGUUUCAUUCUUCUGCACAGUUAAAUUAAAGGGGUGGGCUAUACGGGUGCCAGGUGAGACCAGGACCAGGAUCACAGGUGCUGAUGAUAAACAGCAGCUAAUGUAAGACCAUGACAGGCUGAGAACUGUCAGGAUACCUGAUCUGCCGCAUGUUGAAACAUGUUUUCUGGUGCGUUAACUCUUUGGGGGCUGCAGUACCACAGGCCUGCCAGCAGGUGUUGCCAUUUUGACAAACACUUAGAAACGAUGCACGAUUUUUCAACCGACUCAAAAAGCUCAGUCUAAAGCGACAGAAGUCGAGCUGGCUUCAAGUUCGAAAAGUUCUUAAAACGUUUUAAACUUGAAGCCAAGACAAGUCAGCCUGCGGGUCCAGCAGCUGGUCGCUGUUCUUAAAUGCAGUUUUAUUUAAAUGUGCAGAGACUUAAAGCUGCAUCAGUCUGGAGCCCCAAAGAGUUCACUGUUCAGAAAGAGUCAAAUUAAAUAUUUAACAUCCUGCUUCUUUUCACAAUAAAGGCAUUUUAUUGCAGCUCAUUUUUCUUUAACUCCAGCAAAAUCAGAACAAACUGUCAGAGCCAGUUCUGUGAUUGGCUGUUGCUUGUGUGGACAGCCAAUCACAGAACUGGCGCUGAAUUAAAUUAAUGAAGUAAGAAAGAGCUGCAAUAAAAAUAUAUUCAAUAAAUCAAUAAUGAAGUUUUAAAGGCUUAUUGGAUUAUUUCAUAACUUCAUUGUUAAAUUACAUAUUUUAUCUGCAUUUAUUCUUUUUUUUAUACUAUCUUAUGUAUUAUUUAAUAUUGAACCCUUUGGGCCUCCUCACAAGACAUAAUAAAAAAGCUUUAAGAUUUUAUUGUAGAAUUUAAAAAAAAACAUAAAUCGCAGCUUUAAGUUUCUUUUUUUGUUGCUGUUAAUUGCUGUUUUGAUGAUUUUGCUUCUUCUCUGUAAUAAUUUAACCACAGUCCCUCUGCUGAGCCUUUUCAUUUUCCUUUCCAUGUUUGUGUUUUCAUUUCAUUUGGUUGGUCGUGGUUUCGUAGAAAUAAUCACUCAUUUGUUUUGUUGUUCUGAUAUUUUCCUGAGAAUUCAUGCCGAUAAUCUGAUCGUUGGUUUCUUUAUGAAUAUUUUGCUUUUGUGAUUAAGGUCGUGUUUGCUCUGUAAAAGCCAUUUUGAUCUUACUUGUAUUAAAAUGUUUUAUAGAAAUGUCUUAAAUUCAAAUUAAAGCAGCAAAUCAUGAAAUUUUACAAAUGCAGCUUUUGUCACCUGGAGGACAAAAACAGAAUAAACAUGUUUGAUACUUGAACAAAGGUUUACUUAAGCACAACAAUGCAUUUUUAUUUAGCUCAGAAUUUGUUGCAAACAUGAUGUUUAAUGUUUUUUAAUAUGCUACAUCCGCUAUAUUCCUACAAAACUAAACCUGUUCAUUUUGAACUGUAAAAUUUCCAGAAACUCUGCAUUUAUAAGAUGUUUUUAAGGUAUUUUAAUAGGAAUUUAUGGGAUA